AUGAAGCUUACACCUACUCCGCUAUCCCUGAGCCUUUGUCUCCAUGCCCUCGACCGCGAGAUCAAGCCCCAUCUCCCAGCAGACUCUCUGGAAGCACAAUCAGGCUUGAAGACAAUCUCCACCGUCUUGUCUGAUCUGCUAUCACGCUAUGCACCAGAGAGAGGUCACCGCCCAUUUCUCCUGAAUCAGCUCAACACCGCUGCCAAGCUCGAGGCGGACAUACGCGCCGUGCUCGAGUCCUCAGGGCAUGUUCAGCUCAAUGGCAUUCAGCCGACUUCCAUGCUGCCGGCUAAUGCUACGUUUGAGGAUUUAUCACGGCGGUAUGAGGAGACUUCAGGCAGGCUUGCCCGCCUGAGCCAGAAGCUAGCCGCCUGCUCUUCCCCUGAGGCUCCUGCGCUCCUGCGAAAAGCGGCAGAGUGGGAGGCAGCAUACCACACAAAGAUUUCAGGCAUUAGCCAAGAUGCUCUGACCUCAUACUACGACAGCGAGGAAGCCAAGUCAAAGGCGUCCAGCUCGAUAAAGCAAACGACCCUUGAAGCUGCCGCGGUGGAGGCUUUCCUCCGCGAGUCGCGAUCUGACCCCUCAUUGAGAGUCCCCAAGCUCGCCAGGCUGGCAGGGGGCCAUGGCAAACAGACGUACAUGUGCGAUGUGGUCUCUCAAGGAUCGGGCGGUGAAGAGACGACGACGCUGGUGAUUCGCAAGGAAGAUCCGGCGCCCAUCAUCCUGCGAUCCACAUUCCGCGUUAACGAGGAGUUUGCUCUGUUGAGAGACCUGAGCAACAACACCGACUUCCCGUGCCCUCGGCCGUUUGACUUGGCCAACCCCGCACCCGAGGGUGUUGACGCGCCGUUCUUUACCAUGACCAAGAUGCAAGGAGCCAUCGGAAGCAUGUAUUUGGGCAGUCAAGACACCCAGAUCGACGAGACGAUGGCGAGGCAGUUGGCAAGCCUUUUGGCGAGGCUACACACGUAUCCCAUCGAGAAGUUCUCUAGCUAUUUCGAAGCCAGGGGCGAAAACGUCGAUGCUGUCAAGGUUAGUACAAUAUCUGAUCGAUACAAGUCUAGUCUCGACAGCUGGUCAGGGUACUUUGAGAGCGUGGACCAUCUGCCAUCGCCGUUUGUCACCUGGCUUCUGUCCUGGCUCAAGGAGCACAUCCCCAAGGACGAGCGAACACCGAUCCUCAGCCAUGGGGACUUCUCCAUCCACAACCUCUUGCAAGUGGAUGGCAACGUUUCGGGAGUUCUCGACUGGGAGUGCGCAGAGUUUCUGUCCCCUGAGCAGGAGCUGGCGUACCUGCAACCGCUCCUCAGCAAGUCGUACUCGUGGGAUAAGUUUCUAGAGCAUUACCACGAGGCUGGUGGGCCAGAAAUCCGCGAAGACCACUACCCAUUCGUCCAAGCCUACGCCGUCUUGCGCACCAUGCUAGCGUUCAACCGAGCCCUCCGGAACCUCAUGGUUGGCGACAGCCGCGAUGUACGGUUCCUCAUGGUCGAGUAUGGAUAUUUCGGCGCGUUCAUGGGCAUCGGGCUAGAAUACACGUCGCGCCAUCCGAGCUACGCAGCAAUCCAGGCGGCUGCUGCGUCGAUCGACAAGCUUGAAGAUGACGCGAACCCAGCACACCCCCAAAGUGUUGUCAAGAAGGACGCACAUGGUCCGCAGGCGAACGCACUCGCGGUCAGAGGCGAUGAAGCCAACAUUCGGCAGCCGCAUGGAAGCACACCAAACUGGCAGAACAGCGUAGUCCUGGUCUGGUGGGACGAGGAACACCGCAUCGGUGGCUUCCAUCGACUGGGCCACGAGCCGAACAGACCGAACGGCGGCGAGGCGAUCAUCUGGACGAACCUGCUCACGCCGGAGGGCAUGUUCAAACGAGUGCAGUCAAAUCCGCUACGCAAGGAGGAUACUCCAGACGACGGCAGCUUCGGAUCCGGUGACGACACCUGCACUGUCAAGUACGCCAACGGCGAACACAUUUGGACAAUUAAUGAGCCGACGGAGAACAUCACAGCGAGGAUUGUGCACCGCGACACCGGCCCCAAUGUCGACUGCUUUCCCAAGCACGGGAGCAUGGACAAGGACUUUGCAACGGCACACUUCGACAUCGCUGGUCGCGUGACUGGCAGCCUCUCCGCGAAGGGCAGGACAUACAACAUCCAGGGACUCUCCAUCCGUGACCAUGCCUGGGGUACCCGCGACUGGGGGUCGUCUGCUUACGGCCACCGUUGGCUCGUGGGCACGGCCGGCGCCAACUUCUCCUUCAUGGCGGUAAGCUGGCACGCAUCUGCAAAUGACCGGGUUGGGAACUUUGGCUGGGUGGUGCGAGACGGAGAAAUCACCCUGGCGAAGAUAGUUGACAUCAUCAUCUUCAUGGAGGUCGACAGCUGCACAAACAGGGGAGGGAGGGUGCGGAUGGAACUGACGACGGGCGAAGUCCUCGACAUUGAGUGCGAGGCCACUGCUCCGAAGGCGUCGGUCUGCUGGCAUCUCGGGAUGGCAUGUGUUGACCGCAUCUGCUCGUUCAAGUGCAAGCAAAAUGGUGUGUCUGGAUUUGCAAAUGUGGAGAGCACAUCCAACAUCCAGAUGGGAGAUCGCAAACCUGGGACGCUGGUCGCCGGCAUUAUUGAGAACGGGUUCACGUUUUUCAAGUGA